AAGAGUCUACAAAACCUUGAGCGUGAUCUAAAACCGCUUGAAGACAAGAUUCAUUACUUGGAGAAGCUGGCUGCUGAGGUGAAAAAGAAGAAUCCGGAAGAAGCUGCAGCAAUUGAGAAAAAAAUUGCGCAACUACGAGCCCUCCAUAAUGACCUUCUACGUAGAGCUCAUGACAAGAUUAAGAUUGCCGAACAAUCCCAAGGUCAGGAAAUGUUUGAAUCGGCUCUCAAAGAUGUGCUCAAUUGGAUUGAUAGAACGAAGAAAGCCCUUUCCGAAGACGUGCGUGCUCUAGAUGUGCAGCAAGCUGAGGAUCUUCUAAAGAAGCACUAUGAACUUGGUGAACAAAUCAAGGAUAAGAAAUAUGAGGUGGAAUAUGUACAAGAACUCGGACGACGUCUGCUUGAAAAGAAUCCACGACUUCGCGAAGUUGAAGCGCAGCUAAAACAUCUUGGAACGGAAAUGGCCAUAGUCAAGAAUAUGUACCGCAUUCGUGAUGCUCAGUUGAAGGAGCAACUUGACCUGCAAUUAUUCAACCGUGAAGCAGAACGUAUUGAUGCUGCUACUAAGGGACAUGAAGCUUUCUUGGACUACGCUGACCUUGGGGACUCCGUGGAAUCUGUAGAAAAUCUUCUGAAACGCCAUCGCGAUCUGGAAGCUAAGUUAGAUGCUCAGGAAGGCAGGCUUGCUGCCUUCUCUAAAAAUGCAGAUGAACUUAUCAAGAACAAACAUUCUGAGAGCCCAUACAUAGAU